UUAACUUUAGCUGCAGAAAUCCCAAGCGUUUUUGUUGGUGUUUCCUGAUUUUCAGUCAUUUCCAUGUCCUGUGCCUCAUUUUCAUUAUUUGGUCGAAUCGCACCUACAAUAAAGUGCCAGAUGAGGUAAAAAAGGAAAUCAAUCUACAUCAAUAUUGAAUAUAUUCGAAUAAUAGUGCUCUGUUGGUGCCGUUUAAAAGAAAGAAAGCUCUAAAAGUGAAAGUGAAGGAAAAGUUUGAGUAAAUGCUGUAAGAUUUCUACAGAUACUUAAUGAUGGAACAGUUUGUUACAUUAAGUACAUAACCUGUUUUCGUUUUUCUUGUUCCUUGAAUCGAUUACAUUCUUUGGACCAUAUAUGAAGACAGUGUAGAUUUAUAUGUAUAUGCAGCUUACCUGAUGUGGCCAGUAGAAUUUCUGGAUUUAUUUUUCUUCUUCCUGAAAAUAGUGUCCGUUUCUUCCGCAAAUUCAAAGUAUUUUCUGCCACGUCCAGUACUGGAAUUAUUUUCUACAUAGCGCUUAUAAUUUCUUUCCAGCAGCCGCUAACGAUUUUCGCAGUUUUGGGGCUUUUCACUUCCUUCCCACCUACUUUCAUUCUGAAUAUUUUUUAACAUUCAAUUAACAUCAGUGUGUGAUGUCUUGUCCAGGACGGUGUCCCACCAGUUACAUCUCUGUUUGCGGGAAGUACCAGAAAUUCUGAAAGAUCUACAAAAAUGUCAAGUAUAAGUUUGAUAAAACCUCAUAUCUAUUAUUUACACUUAUCAAUGUCACCACUAACGUCUGAGAAUAUUUGAUUUUGCUCUUACAUGAUGCAAAACAACUACAAAAUCAACUUUCAAAUACAAAUCACUAGAGCUGUUGUUUUAUGUGAUAUUUGUUUAAAAAUGGUUGAAUCUUGCAGUGCUGUGAAUUGUUGCAAUAGACGCAGAAAAGAUGUGAAAAUGAAGUUUGAAAGGAUACCUACAGAUCCUAACAUGAGGAAGUUGUGGUUACAUGCUAUAAGAAGAGAAAACUUUACUCCCAGUACAACAACGGUAAUUUGUAAAAAGCAUUUCACUUCAGGGGAUUAUGAAGUUAGUGUCCAUGGAAAUAAGGCACUAAAAAAGGUGGCAGUUCCAUCUGUGUUUGAUUUUCCAGCCCAUCUCGAGAAAGAACCUAUAGCCAUCGAAGGGUUUUGAAAAGAAAACAUGAAUACAUAAUUUCUAGAAUGAACUAUGGUAUAACCUAUAUUGUAUUAUAAUGAAAAACUGCAUCUACAGUAUUGUUAAUGGCAUUGUGCACAAAUAUUUUGUAUACAUAUAUAUAUAUAAGGGUUUUUUCUUUGUACACUUUAAUCUCUACAAAACUGGACGUGUUCCCACUACAUUUAGUGUUGACAGCUACAGUACUAUAAAAAUAAAUUUAAAUGUGCAUAAAUACUAUUUAGAACAUUAUAAAGAUAUAUAGAAAAUAACAUGUAUUUAUUGUGAUAUUUCUUAGAUCUCAUAUUUUUUAUAUGUAAGAAAUAGCAUAUCAGAGCAGUUAAGUUAAUUAUAAGCAGACAUGUAAUCUCUUUUCUACCUGAAUUAUUAAUUAGUUAUGUUAUAUACUAAUGUUUAUAUCUUCAAAUGUGUAAAGGAGA